AUGGGGACCAGCACCAUCGCCAGCUUUCCCUCCGCCACGCCCAUUGGCUCCGGUGCCGUUGCCGACUUGCCGUUGCCAUUGCUGCGCCCUGUCCCCGUCCUCCUCCUCCUCGGUGGUGGGAUAACGACGGCUGCGUCCCCGCCAACCGCCGCAUCCUACUACUCCCCGAUUCGGUUGUUGCCGGCUCCGUUCCGCCGACCAGGGGCUCAGGAUAAGAGGCACAGAAAGAAGCAGGACCUUCAGGUUCUCGCGCCCUUCCCGGGAUGCCUGGGGGGGAUGAUCAACAUGUUCGAUCUCAGCAAUGGCGUGGUUGCCACCAAGAUGCUCACCGAGAAGGCACAUAGAGAUGUUUCUCCAGCCGGAAAAGACCGGAGUAAUACUUUCAAGAUGGCAAUUAACCCCCCAGCUCAGACUGAAGAUAAACAGAGAGAUAGUCAGACAAGAAGGAAUUCCCCUACUAAAAGAUCCAACUCACCUACUAAAAGGACUGGUGCGACGCCUGUUAAGAUGCUCAUGGAGCAGGACAUGUGGAAAGAAGGGAUGCCUGAUGAGGAGCCAUUGAAUGUUGUUGCAAGAUUAAUGGGUCUACAUGACGCUCCAGUUCAGCAAUCUAAUUCCCCUUUAGGAAGACAAUUGGAUAAGGAAUAUCAUUGUGGUGGUUUUGAAGAGAACUACCGGAAUCUCAAGCCGAAGAAGGAAAGCAAAUGCCACCAAAACCAAAAGGUAGGGGCACGCCAUCAGCACACUUGGAAUGAUUCUGGUGACCAACCAUCAAGAAUCAAUAGCAUCCAGAGCAAGCACCAAGGAAAUGAGCCUUGUUGUGAGAAGAGGAUGUCACUUGUUCGCGAGAAGUUUGCUGAAGCGAAGCGUCUAGCCACGGAUGAGAAGCUUCUUCAUUCGAAGGAGUUCCAAGAUGCACUGCAGUUUUUAAGCUCAAAUAGAGAGCUAUUCUUGGAGUUCCUUGAUGAGCCAAAUCCUCUGUUAUCAAGCAACCGUUAUGAGUUCCAACCUGUUGCACCACCUUCUGAAGUAAAGCAAAUAACCAUACUGAAGCCAUCAGAACCAACAAAGAGAAAAGGCAGCAUCCUUGUGGGGAGACAACUGCUUUCAGAUGGAGAUGAAAGUGAACGUAACAGAUACAGGCGCCAUCAGAGUUUAGAUGUUUCCCCAGCAAAUUCAAAUUUGUCUGAGCCAACAAAAAUUGUAGUACUAAAGCCAGGACUCUCCAAUUCUCAUGAUUCCAGGAUUGUGAGGUCUUCAUUAUCAUCAGCAGAAGAUAGUGAAGAAGAAAGUAUGAUGACGGUUGAUGAAACCGUGUGCUCAAGAAGGUUGGCAAAGGAGAUCACUUGGCAGAUGAGGAUGUGGCUAAAAGACAAGCAAGAUGAAGAGAGCAUGCUCUCAUGUGAAUACCCUGACUUUUAUAUCGGAGAUGACUCCUUCAGUAAGUCAGAAGUUGAGAUUGCAAAAGAGAUGUCUGGUGAAACAAGUGAGGAAUUGGAGUUUGGCACUCCGACUUCUGGCCGUUCUUGGGAUUUUCUGAGUAGAAGUGGAAGUCCUUACUCUGCGUCAUGCUCUAGUCAGGCAUCCCAUAGAAGGGAACCAUCUGUAGUUAGGGAAGGCAAGAAGAAGAUUUUAGAGAGAUGGUCUAUGGUAUCAUCAACAGUCAGUAGUGAGGAAGAAAUGGAAGGUCGCAGAAGUACAGGCACACUUGGUGACAUGCUCACAAUACCGAAAGUCAAGGACCAGGAAGAAAUUGGGGCUGAAACACUGGGGAGCCCAGCACCUGAGUUGGAACCUGAAGGACCUUUCUCAUGUUUGCCAAGAUCUCGAUCUCUUCCACUUUCUUUGUCCUAUGGAGUCACUGAGUCAAAUGGAUUAGCCUCUGGCACUCAGGAAGCUGAAAAGGAAAGAAUCAGGAAGUCAUCAUCAUUUAGGGAAAAAGUUUCUAGCCUGUUCUCUAAAAAUAAGAAAUCGACUAGGGAGAAGGUAGAUCCAUCUGCGAGCAAUAGACUCAAGAAUGGAGGGGCUGUGACUACUGGUGAUGUGAAGGAAGGCUGGAGCCAUCUUGCUCUAGAGAAUCUUCAGAAACAAAGUACUUGUCUAAAUACAGAUGAGAAGAACACUGUGCAAGGACUCGUGACUAGUUCUUGUGAUACUAAUGAUACAGCUAAUAUCCCUGCCAAGGAUAUUUCCUCCAUUUCAAGUCUUGGCGCCCCAGGAAUCUUUGGUGACCCUCAGGACCAACCUAGUCCUGUAUCUGUACUAGAUGGACCAUUUAUAUGUGAUAACAGGAGGCUACUGUACUCAUCUGAAAAUUUCAUAACUUCAUCCCCACAAGCUUUGUCGAGGUCUCCCCUGAUCGGAUCAUUUUCACGGUCACUGUCAUGGGAGGAUCCCCCGCUGGAAGUCAUGUCGCCAAAUUCUUUGAGACUCUCAAGGCUUUUCUCAAAGGCUGAUGAAGAUCUAGAUUCACUGACUUUUAUCCAAAAGCUGGUCCACUCUUGUGGCAUGGAUGGAGAAAGUUGCAUAUUAGCUGACCCUUUGGACCCAGAUUUGCUUGAGAAGAUUUCAGAUUAUGAUGAAGAAGGAAUUAAGUUUGGGAAAAGACGGUCAAAACAGAGGCUUCUUUUUGACGCCGUAAAUGAAGCACUCACUGAGCUUGCUUCGAUGGCGGAACUGGCUGCAUACCCCUGGGGUAGAUCAUGCUCUUUGGAGCACGGGGAUUGCAAGAAUGGUUCCAGUAAUUUGUCGGCUGAGGAAAUUUGGCGGGUCAUUAGGAACUGGUCGAUACUUGAGAAGUAUCCUCCCGGCGAAGCUAUUGAAAGAAAUCUCUUGCUGGAGAUGAUACUUAAGAGGGAGGUGGCUGAGGCAGCCAGCGCUGACACGACUCGGUUAGAGAUGUUUGAUCUCAACACCGCGGUCUGCGCCAUGGUCUUGGAGGACCUGGUUGAAGAGACAGUUGUAGAUCUGACUAACUGCUAG